AUGGCUCUAAUCCCAGGACUAACCGUCUCCCAGAGACCCCCGCUGUCUCGUGCGAAUAGCAACCCUUCUUCGGCAUCCGAAGCCGAGCCAGACGAUCGGCACGCAACGACCCCCCAUCGUGCCAGCCCAGAUAGCUCUAGAGUACAUCGAGGUGCCCAGUCAAACUCCCCGGCGAGGAAGCUCAGCCGCAAGCGUUCUCUGCUCAACCUGACGACUCGAACUGCCUCCAUCGUGUCUUCAACAGGCCAGCAGUCUCUGCCGGAUGGCCCGGGGUCAUCGUCGCCUUCGCCCACGUCCAGGCCGCAGCCUGCGAGGAAGCCGAGUCUCAAAGACAGCCUUGAAAAACCACUUCCCCAGACGCCACCCGAAUCGGGCUCUGCCACGCCGCCGCCAGCCGGCAAAGACGACCCCGGGGAGAGCCCCCAGCUGCGAAGGAUUGAGUCUCGAAUAGACAGCCGCGCAAGCACAAUGGGCUCGGCUAGCCCAGCGGCAUCGGGCCUCCUCAUGCAUUCCGCCCACGACCAGUACAACCCGGACGUCGGUAGCAGCAUGAGCAGCUUGGCGAGCUCCUUCAAGCAUGAUGCCAAGGACGACAACAGAGCCGGACUGACGCCUCGAAGUAAUGGCCCUGCCUCGGGGACCCCGUCACCGGCUAUUGGCCAGGCAGGGAGGCCGGCCGGAGCUGCCGCGGCCGCGCCCCCCGGCACCGCUGCCCAAGGGUCCUCGACGCAUUUGUCGGGAUUAAUGUGCAACGUUCAUCGCACCACGGGUCGGGAACCACCUCCGCUGGUCGGCGCCACCACUACAAUCCUUGGAGACAAACUCUACGUGUUUGGCGGGCGGAUUCUUUCUCGAAGUCGGCCUGCCCCUUUGACGGCGGACCUUUAUGAGUUGGAUCUCAUCUCACGCCACUGGACGAGGCUGGAAACCGGGGGGGAUGUGCCGCCGCCGCGAUACUUUCAUUCCAUGUGCCUCCUGGGCGACACCAAGAUGGUCUGCUACGGUGGCAUGUCUCCUGCCUCCAACCCGACCCAGACCGCGUCGACGACGGACCAGCAACAGCAACCCGAGGUCUCCGUCAUGUCUGACAUAUACAUCUAUGACGUCGAGACGCGCAGGUGGACCUAUUUGCCAGCACAAGACGCACCCCAGGGUCGAUAUGCCCAUUGCGCUUGCAUUCUGCCCUCAUCGGCCUCCUUCUCCUCGAGUCGAGCUCCGCUGGCCGCUCUGCAACACAACCCGUCAUCUUCCAACCCCAACGAAGGCCGAAUCGGCAUCAACAUCGACGGAUCUGGUGGUGCAGAAAUGGUCAUUGUGGGCGGGCAGGACGGCGCGAAUCAUUACAUCGAGCAGAUUAGCGUCUUCAACCUACGGAGCCUCAAAUGGACCUCUACGCAACCGUUGGGCAAGAGUUGCGGCGCAUAUCGCAGCGUCGCUGCCCCUCUCCUUCCGUCCGUCACCUCCAAGGUUGGCAAGACGUACCCGAAUGGUGGCUCGCACCGAGGGGACGGGACAGGCGCAAGUGGCGAGGCCCGCGAGACUGGCUCGUCCAUGCUCAUUUACUCCAACUACAACUUUCUCGACGUCAAGCUCGAACUGCAGAUUCGAUCCUCGGAUGGGACAUUGGUGGAGAAGCCCAUGUCUGGGACCUACUCACCCCCGGGUCUGCGAUUUCCCAAUGGCGGUGUAAUCGACACGCACUUUGUCGUCAGCGGGACAUAUCUGACAUCGUCAAAGCAGGAAUAUGCGCUCUGGGCCCUUGACCUGCGCACCCUGACGUGGAGCCGCAUCGACGCUGGCGGCAGUGUUUUCAGCCAGGGGAGCUGGAACCGAGGUGUCCUGUGGAAUCGACGCAACACGUUUGUCAUUCUGGGGAACCGGAAACGAAGCCUGGUAGAUGACUACAACCACCGCCGAAUCAACUUCUCAAACGUGUGCAUGGUCGAGCUGGAGGCCUUUGGGUUCUACGACAACCCUCGCAAGACGAGUCCCAUGUCUGGUUUCAUCUCGGCGAGCAGUCCGUAUUCUGGACCCAAUCUCAGCCUCACACGCAAAGCGGGCUACACCGCCGGUGGUCGAUUGCACUCGAGAGCCAGCGAGGAGUUGGGAGAGAAGGCCCUGGCGAUGCGCGAGCUGACGGAUAUGGACAUUCUGUGCAUCGGUGGCGAGCGGAUACCAGUCAACUCCCGCAUAGUGUCGCGCAGAUGGGGGCCGUACUUUGUCCAGCUUCUGCGAGAAGGCACGGCCACGCGGGAUGGAAGCGACGCCGUGACACUCCGAUCGGGAUUGUCGAGCAACCCUCUCCGCAUGUCGGCCCUGACCAUAACACCAAACUCCAGGGACGCAGCACAGCCUCCCAGCUCGUCGAGCGGUGGCAGCGUGCUGUCGGCGGGGACUGCUCUCUCGGGCUCGACCACGCUGGCCGGGUCCCCUGGCGGCGCGGCUGGACAAGGCGACGACAUGAAUCCUGCGGCCGUCAACGCUGCCCCAACUCCGCGGUCGCUGCCACCAGGCACGAGGCCACGGUGCCUCUAUCUCCCGCACACUCAUCUGACGGUGCAGGCACUUCUGCACUUCCUCUACACGAGCUCGUUGCCGCCACCGUCGUCACCGCUGUGUACUCCCCAGAUCUUGUGCUCGCUCCUGCAGAUUGCACGACCCUACCGCGUCGAUGGUUUGCUCGAGGCCGUGGUGGAGCGUCUGCACGGAUUGUUGGACAGCCGAAAUGCUGCGGCGGUCUUCAAUGCCACGGCCAUGGCUGCCGGCGGCGGGCGUGGCAUCGACGGGUCUCUGAACCCCAACUUCUCCGUGAGCGGCUCCGACCCAGUCGGAUCGCCAAUUUCCGUGACGGACUUUUCGCUCGGCGGCACGACCGCCAACGAGUCUGCGAUGGACUUGGUUGCUGCCACAUCUGGCCUCAGCAUCAACACAGGCGUCCCGCAGUCUGUCCGGCCGUCGAGCGGGGAGAUUUCGGCCUCGACAAGCGUGAGCGGGUCGGAAUGGGGAUCAGAGGUUGGCGGCAGCGACCGCGACCACGGCUUCAUUUGGAACGGCGAGCUCAGCAGCGUCAUCGGCCUGCAGAAGCGAGGUCUCCGAGGCUUGAUGGAGGGCCGAAGAAUGCGCGAGAGAACGGGCACCGGCGGCGCGACACCCUUGGCCCACGCUGCUGGGAAUCCGGCCUACGGCGCAGCAGCCCAACCGGGUCCGAGCGGACAACGCGUAGGGCUGGGUAUUGCGGGAUCAUAG